CCCCUGGACAUCGUGAUGCUGGGGGCCAAGGGCGACGGCAAGACGGACGCGACGCAGGCGGUGAUGAAGGCGUGGAAGAACGCGUGCGGGGCGACGGGGACGCAGAAGAUCGUGAUCCCGCCGGGCAACUUCUUGGUGGGCGCGCUGGAGCUGUCAGGCCCCUGCACCUCCUCCAUCAUCAUCCGGCUGGACGGCAACCUCCUCGGCACCGGCGACCUCACCGCCUACAAGAAGAACUGGAUCGAGGUGAUGCGCGUGGACAACUUCACCAUCAACGGCCACGGCACCAUCGACGGCCAGGGCCCCCUCGUGUGGGAGAAGAACCAGUGCAGCAAGCACUACGACUGCAAGAUCCUCCCCAACAGCCUGGUGCUGGACUACGUGAACAACGCGACGAUCCGGGGCAUCACGCUCAAGAACGCCAAGUUCUUCCACCUCAACCUCUUCAAGUGCAAGACGGUGCUGGUGGAGAACGUGGAGAUCACGGCGCCGGGGAACAGCCCCAACACGGACGGCAUCCACAUGGGCGACUCGGAGGACGUGACCAUCAAGGCGACCAACAUCGGCGUCGGCGACGACUGCAUCUCCAUCGGGCCCGGGACCAAGCACGUCAAGAUCCACGGCUCCCGGUGCGGCCCCGGCCACGGCAUCAGCGUGGGCAGCCUGGGGCGGUACAAGGACGAGAAGGACGUGGAGGACAUCCAGGUGACCAACUGCACCAUCAAGGGCGCCACCAACGGGCUCCGGAUCAAGUCGUACGAGGACUCCAAGUCGGCGCUCAGGGCCACCCGCUUCGUGUACGACGACGUGAAAAUGGACAACGUCUCCUACCCCAUCGUCAUCGACCAGAAGUACUGCCCCAACAACAUCUGCGCCAAGGCCCCCGGCGCCUCCAAGGUGGUCGUCGCCGACAUCGUCUUCAAGAACAUCGUCGGGACCUCCGCCACGCCCGAGGCCGUCACGCUCAACUGCGUCAACAACGUGCCCUGCCAGGGCCUGCAGCUCGUCAACGUCAACCUCAAGUACACCGGCACGAACAACAAGACCAUGGCCGUCUGCAAGAACGCCGUCGGCACGUCCGUCAACGUCGUCAAGGAGCUCGCAUGCCUCUGACUCGAACCACGCACGCCCACCCGGAUUCAUUCUUUCUUUUGUUAAUUUGAUUUGAUUAAUUUGUUUUUUGUUUUUCUUUUUGCUUCCUAUCAUACGUUUGUUUUCAGUUUUUUUUACUUAAAUCAACUGGUGUAAGCAGCUGACGGUUAACUCGUCAAUGAUAGCAAGUGUCUGAUUUUGGUUAA